AGAUGCUUGUCGGCCAGUGUUGUGCCUCCGCGGGUUUGGAAGUUAGCGGCUGGAGGGACCUUCCUGGAGUACAGCUUUGCCCUCUGUUUCUCGCCGCUGGUUCUUUGGGUCCGUUCAGGUUUUGUAGUCUCCCUUCUCUAUCCCGGGCCGCUUCUGGAACUCACUAAGUACCCUUAGGAAAGAGGACUUUGGAGUGAAAUCAAGCCUCCUGAGCUUUGCCAGCCCUAAAUGGCUGCAGAAUCAAGAAAGCCUUCAGCCUCAUCCCCACCAGACCAAGCUCCUGAAGAGGACCUUGUGAUUGUCAAGGUAGAGGAGGAUCAUGGUUGGGACCAGGAAUCUAGUCUGCAUGAAAAUAACCCUCCUGGCCAAGAGCUGUUCCGCCUACGCUUCAGGCAGUUAUGCUACCAGGAGACACUGGGACCCCGAGAAGCUCUGAUCCAACUCCGGGCACUUUGCCAUCAGUGGCUGAGGCCAGAUUUGAACACCAAGGAGCAGAUCCUGGAGCUGCUGGUGCUGGAGCAGUUCUUGACCAUCCUGCCUGAGGAGCUCCAGACUCUGGUUAAGGAACAUCAGCUAGAGAAUGGAGAAGAGGUGGUGACCCUAUUGGAGGAUUUGGAAAGACAAAUUGAUAUACUAGGGCGACCAGUCCCGGCUCGUGCACAUGGACAUAGAGUAUUCUGGGAGGACAUGGUACAUUCAGAAUCUGCACCGGAAGCUCCAGGUACUCAGCUCCAGCCACAAGAGAGCUCAGCUCUAACCACUGAAUCACAAGAGAGAGCCAUGACUACUGCUCAGAGUCCUGUCCCUUCCCAGAAGGGAGACCCUGGAGAUCAGGAAAUGGCAGCUGCACUUCUCACCACAGGAUUCCAGACUUUGGAAAAGAUUGAAGACAUGGCUGUGUCCCUUAUACGAGAGGAGUGGCUUCUUGAUCCAUCACAGCGAGAUCUGUGUAGAGAUAACAGGCCAGAGAAUUACAGAAACAUGUUCUCCCUGGGUGGUGAGACCAGGAAUGAGAACAGGGAAUUAGCUUCAAAACAGGUAAUAUCGGCUGGAAUCCAACCACAUGGAGAGACAGCUACCAAAUGCAACGGGGAUGUUAUCAGGGGUCUUGAUCAUGGAAAAGCCCAAGACCUUCUGGGCAGAUUAGAGAGGCAGCGGGGAAAUCCCACACAAGAAAGACGACAUAAAUGUGAUGAAUGUGGGAAGAGCUUUGCUCAGAGCUCAGGCCUUGUUCGACACUGGAGAAUCCACACUGGGGAGAAACCCUAUCAGUGUAAUGUGUGUGGUAAAGCCUUCAGUUACAGGUCAGCCCUUCUAUCCCAUCAGGAUAUCCACAACAAAGUAAAACGCUAUCACUGUAAGGAGUGUGGCAAAGCCUUCAGUCAGAACACAGGCCUGAUCCUGCACCAGAGAAUCCAUACAGGGGAGAAGCCGUAUCAGUGCAAUCAGUGUGGGAAAGCAUUCAGUCAAAGUGCAGGCCUUAUUCUACACCAGAGAAUCCACAGUGGGGAGAGACCCUAUGAAUGUAAUGAGUGUGGGAAAGCUUUCAGUCAUAGCUCACACCUCAUUGGACAUCAGAGAAUCCACACUGGGGAGAAACCCUAUGAGUGUGAUGAGUGUGGGAAAACCUUCAGGCGGAGCUCACAUCUUAUUGGCCAUCAGAGAAGCCACACUGGGGAGAAACCCUACAAAUGCAAUGAAUGUGGGAGGGCCUUCAGUCAGAAGUCAGGCCUUAUUGAACAUCAGAGAAUCCACACUGGAGAAAGACCCUAUAAGUGUAAAGAAUGCGGGAAAGCUUUCAAUGGGAAUACUGGCCUCAUUCAACACCUGAGAAUUCACACAGGGGAGAAGCCCUAUCAAUGUAAUGAGUGCGGGAAAGCCUUUAUUCAGAGGUCAAGUCUCAUUCGACAUCAGAGAAUCCACAGUGGAGAGAAAUCUGAAUCUAUAGGUAUUUAGCAAAGGCUUCAGUCAUAGUUGGAGCACUAUUCAACACCAGAGAAAACACAUGCUGGUCAGGCCUUUCAGCCUAGUAAAAAGGCAGAAAGUUUGUCACCAUUACAGUUUUAACUAGUGUCAGAAUCAAUAGUGGUGGAAAAGUUAGAAUAGCUCUUCAGUAGUUUGGGCCCAGUGCCUUGGUGCAGAUUGACUGGCUUGACUGUGUUGAGAGCUGUCUAAUGGAGAAGAACUCCCAGUGGCCUAAAAUAGCAUUACAACAAACUCCUUGUCCGGAGCUCAAGGCACUUAACUUUAUCUUUAGGGUGAGUAGCUAUAGGUUUGGGAGAGGCUUCUCCUAUUUCCUCUGCUUCCCAUCUUCUGUGAUUCCCUUCUUCCAUUUAUUCCCCUGAAGGCACCGUUGUAGCCCCUAAUUUGAUCUGAGGCUGCUCUGAAUUUCUAAGCAGUCUCCAUGUGAGACUUUUAUUUCUAUUUUGCUUUCUAAGAUCUUAGUUCUAGGAAAAUUUUUACAGACAUUUAACCUAUUUAUGCUUAAGUACGCAUUUUAUUUUAUUCUAAUAUUCCUUACAGUCAGUGGAAAUCCAUAUUCCCGUGCAAAUUCAGAAUGCUAUAUUUUUAACAGAACUCCAGAAUUUUUCUUCAUAUAUCACCUUCACUGACUCCACUGAGUCAUUGAGCAUCUGUAUGCUUCACCACCCCCAGUCCCAGUACCUGUGUCAGCAAAGGAAGUGGACGCAUUAGUGAUGAUUGUGGGAGUGAUGCAGAGAAAGAGGUGAGUGGAGACUCAGCCCAGCUGCUCUUGAGCUUGGAUAGUUGCAUCUUUUGGAGACUUCUGAAUCUCCUUUCCACCUCCCCACUGUAAGCCAUGGUACAAAUAAAUACUUGCACUAUCCUGGUUAUGGCAUCACAUGGGUGAAAAAGGAGAUAGAGGUCAUUGAAGAAGACAUAAAAAUCCAUGCAAAGAAUGUACACACGUCCCUUAUGGCCCAGUUAGAGUACGGCCCUCUCUGGCUUCUAUCAGCCUGCACAAAGCACCUAACUGGAUUGUCUGUUACUCAUGUCAAUAUCCUGGUCCCACUUUUAUAGAUGGCCUCAGCACCUCACUCAUCAUUCUCUAUUCUGUUUCUUGUCAUUAGCUUUUAUAACUUUAAUAUCCACAGUAGUAAUCUAUCAAAUACCUCACUUCACAAUUCCUCAUUCUUCUGAAUCCUGGUGACCUCCAUCUGUACUCCUUGUUUCCAAUUUACCAGCAAAGAUAUAAUAUUAAUCUUAUCAUCACCAGGCAAUAUAUUUCAUCUUUGAGGCUUUCAGUAUACUGAGGGAUAAUGUAUCCUUCACCAGAACUUACACAUCCAAAAGUGGGUUGUCCUUUAAGCACUGUUAUUUCAAUAAUGCUACCAUUCCUGCAAAUAUUUGGAACACUGUCAAAAUUACCAUUUAAUAAACUAUACAAGAAAACCA